CUCUUAGAUCCUGGGAGAAGCUGCCUAGGUGGCUUCUUGAGGGUGGACCUCCUACUCCCCUUCAGAAGCCUCUGCCUGGUCAUCUCGUCCUGCAAAUAAAGUGGCCAUUCUGUGGAGCCUGCUCAGCCUUUUUUUUAGAGGAAGAUGGAGAUGUUUCCUCACUCGUGGACUGCACCUCAGGAAAGAUAAAGCCAGUGAAUUGAGGAUUGCGGAGUAUUGCACACAUUCAAGUGUCCUACAGUGGACACCAUGACACUGACUCCAGCAUGCCUAGAAAUCACCAUGGGGGCUUAAGAGAGUGGCAGCCCCUCAGCUCUGCCCCCAGAAUGACUGGAUUUUUGAACAGACUCCCAGGAUGUUCUGAUGUAUCUGGUUGAUGGACCACACUGGUGGAACACUGUGGGAAAGGUGGGGUGUACCCCUUUCCCAAGCAUUCUGUGUCAUCUGCUUUUAGAAGAAUAAAGUACAUGUAGAAACAUAGGAGGCUGCCAGACAUACAUAGGUGGAGCUGCCAUGUGAGGUGAAGAUGUUCAGUGUUCAUUUCUGUGUCGGGCACAGUGCUAAGUGCUGGGUGCUCACUGGUGAUGAGGCAGAUGAAGGUUACCAAACUUGUGGACAGGAGCCUCAUGUCAGAGACGUGGACCUCACUGUAGCCUGGUCAUGGCUUCCAGCUUUUCGAAUCUGAGGCUCCAAAGGAGGAAAUGACCAUUCAGGGAUCUUACUCCAGCUUGAUUACGGAAACUGAACCUUCAUAGGGUGCGCACUUACCAAGGACAGGAAGGUUUCUCUCUUUGAAGGGCUUUAAACUUAUAACAAAGAAAAUAAAAAUGACGACUUCGUCUAUCAGACGGCAGAUGAAAAACAUCGUGAACAAUUACUCAGAGGCAGAAAUCAAAGUCCGGGAAGCCACCUCUAAUGACCCAUGGGGCCCGUCCAGUUCUCUGAUGACCGAGAUUGCCGACCUGACCUACAACGUGGUGGCCUUCUCGGAGAUCAUGAGCAUGGUGUGGAAGCGGCUCAAUGACCAUGGCAAGAACUGGCGGCAUGUGUACAAGGCGCUGACCCUGCUGGACUACCUCAUCAAGACAGGCUCCGAACGUGUGGCCCAGCAGUGCCGGGAGAACAUCUUCGCCAUCCAGACCCUGAAGGACUUCCAGUACAUUGACCGAGAUGGCAAGGACCAGGGCAUCAAUGUGCGUGAGAAGUCAAAGCAACUGGUGGCCCUCCUCAAGGACGAGGAACGGCUGAAGGCUGAGAGGGCCCAGGCUCUCAAAACCAAAGAGCGCAUGGCCCAGGUUGCCACUGGCAUGGGCAGCAACCAGAUCACCUUUGGGCGAGGCUCCAGCCAGCCCAACCUCUCCACCAGCCACUCGGAGCAGGAGUAUGGCAAGGCUGGGGGCUCCCCGGCCUCCUACCAUGGCUCGCCUGAGGCCUCGCUGUGCCCCCAGCACCGCACAGGGGCCCCGCUGGGUCAGAGUGAGGAGCUGCAGCCACUGAGCCAGCGCCACCCCUUCCUGCCGCACCUGGGGCUGGCCUCCCGCCCAAAUGGCGACUGGUCCCAGCCCUGCCUCACUUGUGACCGCGCAGCCCGAGCCACCUCCCCGCGAGUGUCCUCCGAGCUGGAGCAAGCCCGGCCCCAGACUAGUGGAGAAGAGGAGCUUCAGCUGCAGCUGGCACUUGCCAUGAGCAGAGAAGUGGCUGAGCAGGAAGAACGCCUCAGGCGGGGUGAUGACCUCAGAUUACAGAUGGCCCUGGAAGAAAGCCGAAGGGACACAGUUAAAAUUCCAAAAAAGAAAGAGCACGGCUCUCUCCCACAGCAGACUACGCUGUUGGAUUUAAUGGAUGCUCUUCCCAGCUCGGGCCCUGUGGCCCAGAAAGCGGAGCCCUGGGGCCCGUCAGCCUCCACUAACCAGACCAACCCCUGGGGCGGGCCAGCGGCUCCUGCGAGUACUUCAGACCCCUGGCCAUCAUUUGGUACCAAGCCAGCUGCCUCCAUUGACCCAUGGGGGGUGCCCACUGGAGCCAGCACACAAUCUGUCCCCAAGAACUCGGACCCUUGGGCAGUUUCACAGCAGCCUGCCUCCAGUGCUGGGAAAACAGCUGCUGACGCAUGGGGCGCAGUCUCCACUACCAAGCCCGUGUCUGUCUCUGGGUCCUUUGAGCUCUUCAGUAAUCUGAAUGGUACAAUUAAAGACGACUUUUCUGAAUUUGACAACCUUCGGACUUCAAAAAAAACAGCCGAAUCUGUGACCUCUCUGCCAUCCCAUAACAAUGGAACUACCAGCCCUGACCCCUUUGAGUCUCAACCCCUGACCGUCGCCUCAAGCAAGCCCAGCAGUGCCCGGAAAACACCUGAGUCCUUCCUGGGCCCCAAUGCGGCCCUGGUGAACCUGGACUCACUGGUGACAAGGCCUGCCCCACCGGCCCAGUCCCUCAACCCUUUCCUGGCACCAGGUGCACCCGCCACCUCGGCCCCUGUUAACCCCUUCCAGGUGAACCAGCCCCAGCCGCUGACGCUGAACCAGCUUCGGGGGAGCCCAGUCCUGGGGACCAGCACAUCCUUUGGGCCUGGCCCAGGAGUGGAGUCCAUGGCUGUGGCCUCGAUGACCUCCACGGCCCCACAGCCAGCUCUGGGGGCCAGUGGUUCCUCUCUGACACCACUGGGCCCUGCAACGAUGAACAUGGUGGGCAGUGUGGGUAUCCCCCCAUCGGCAGCCCAGGCCGCCGGCACAACCAACCCUUUCCUUCUCUAGUGCCUGGGCCUGGGACCUGCCCAGAGCACCUGUGCUGGAGGAUGCCGAGCAGGGACUCUCGUCUGUGGGACGGGAUCCAAGAGUUUGGGGAUUUAGGGGUAUUAGGGCUUUUCAGCUCCAGCUUCCUGAUGAAAGGGCUGUCUUUACAGCCCCACCCCUCAGACCCUCGCCUUCCAAGGCAGGCCCCUCAGCCUGGCCUGCUCUCACCACCUCCUCCAAAGCACUCAGGUCCUGGCAGGGCUCCUCUGAGGCCUUGGAUGAGGAGGUGGAGCCAUCAGUGUUGCCCUUGCCCCCAGCCUCAGCCCGAGGGUCUCCAGGUUGUUGCCUGGCCCAGGACUUGGGACGGUGGCCUUGUCUUUGUCCUCCCCACCCCCCAGCCCUAGGGACACCCCAGGCAGUCCUGGGUGUGGACACGAUGAAGCACCGGCUCCAUAAGACACCUUUUGGGGAAGUGGUUGUGCAUAUUUUAUUUUUCUUUGACUCGUGUGAGUUCAAAGUAAACACCACCACCAUGGACAACUCUUGAAUUAAAUCCACUAGAGCGAGCUUUAAAACUAAUCUGAGCAUAACCCCCAACGUGGCUCUAUGCUUGUGUACCUUUGCACAUAUUUUGUUUAGUACAGUUUCAUAUUUGAGUUUGCAGAAUUAUCUAAUAGUCUUUUUUUGGCUAAUAUUUUUAUAACGUGGUUCUUAUUUAACUGUCUAGUUUUGAUAGAAUUUACCAGGUCUGGCUGAAUGAAGAUAUUGGCACGUGUCAUUUUAGUGGUUUAAAUCCUCUUAUUUAUGGUUUUAACUCUAAGAAAAUUUUAAAAGGAAGAGAUGUUUGGAUGACAAAAAAAAAUGCCUUAUUGAAAAACUAAAGCAAAUUCUUUAUAGGAAGAAAAUAUGGGAAUUUGAUUACACAUAGAUGAUGAUGUUUAUUUAAAAAGAAAACUACAACAGCAACAAAAAAUCCUAGCCUCCAGUUGCCUUUUCCUUUCUUUAGCUCCUGUUUUUGGUGAAUUACUAAACUGAUUGACUUUCAGCCUUUUUGGCUAGAUCCUGAGAGAGAGGCUAUUUUUCUUACGAAUAUACCAACAUCCUGAAAGUUAAAAGAAAAAAAUCGAAUGUAUGAAUGUGACUCACCAAUUUUUAUCAACUAAUUCCUUUUUUUUAUUAAAGGCAUGCAGGGAUUAACAGGACUUCUGUUUACAAUGGAAAUCUGAAAUGGAAGAACCAUCUUUAACCUUGUGUCUGUGAUCUCCUCUGUCUUAAUCCACGCUCAGGCUAAAGAUGGGGAUAAUGUGGAAAUGGCAGUUGUCCCGAGGGCGUGGGGCGGGGGGUGCUUCUGUGCCCACGGGUCCCUGGGCAACAGUCCCUAGGCUAAGACAGGGGUGGGGGGCUAAGGGACCAGGGCUGGCCCUGAUCCACCUACCUGCUAACUCCAAACAUUAUUUUUAAGUUGGAGACCUAAAAAUAAUUCUCUUGUAUUUUGGAGAUGAAGAAAAAAGUCAUUCACCUGGGAUGGAUUUUUAACAAACAUGCACUAAUAUUACCUCCCUCUUCCAAACUCCUCCUGUCCUCACCUCACCCACCACUGUAAAAGUAUUACAUCAUGCAUUAAAGACCAGGAAAGACUUGCUUUUACCCAGGGAAGGGACAGUCCCCCAAUCCUGUGUCUGGGCAGCUUGCCUGGUGGACGUUUCCGGCCCUUUUUCCACCAUGGGAAUUUCUCACCUCUAGCUCUAAGGGCAGCUGACCACCUGCCAGCCCCUCUCUGGUUCCAGAAGAUUACCCUUCGCACUGGCACAGGAGAGAUCUUAAAUGGACUCUGGGCUGCUGGGACAUGCAGGCUCCGAGUGGGGACUGCACCCACUCAUGCUGUUCCUAAGGCCGCUCUCUCCAGUCCCAGGAGCCGUGUCUAGAGUUCCUGACCAGCCACCUUCUGCCAGAACUGCAGGCCUGCGGCUGGGCCUUAGGCUCCCGCUGCCAUUCGGGUAAGCCGGUGGCUGGUCUUGUCUGCCGAGGGAAGGGUGGGGAGGUGCAGUGGGAUGGGAGGCAGGAUGCUUGCCCAGAAAGGUGCUUUCCUUCAGACGGUGCAGGGCCUGGGCCAGCCUUACAGGUCAGUAGACCAGACUCGACUACUUGGGGCCAGUGAUUCUUUUAUAACAAGAGCCCUUCAUGAUGCGACUUUGAGGCCCCAACAUGACAGCCACUGGGCCACCAGGACCCAAGAAGACAGCCCCCCUGCCCCAUCUUCUGGCACAGGCCAUCCCGAGUGCAUGUCCCUGUUGCCCACUGCACUGAUCAUGAAGCCACCGGCCACUGCCACGCGUGUUGCAUCUGUGCCAUCGUGCUCCCUCCUGAUGGGCACCGUGGUGGAGGAAGUCACCCAGCUGUUUCUCAGUCCCAGAGGCCGGUGGCUGGUUUUGAACUUGUGUUGACUGUUGAUACUUAUUUACUGUAUAAAUAUAAUUUAUCAUUUGUACCAUGA